AGUAGGUGCUCAAUAAGUGUUGAUCGAUACACGGUUUAAUGCUCUCCUUUGGAGGAUUGUUGGUUUUUUUCCUUUUUUUCCCCAAAUUUUCGAAGGGUGAAGGGCAAGCCAGGACCCCGGGACAGAGAGCCCCCUCUCCCCUCCCCACAAAGUAAGCUGCGGCGGAGCUCAGUUUCCUUAAGUUUCCCCAGAGGGUCCCCGGGUGGGGCGAGCUGGGUUGGCGGCAUCCUCUGGGGCAAGACUACAUUUCCCGGCAUGCCUCGCGCCGGGGCACUCUCCGCCCACUCCAUCCUCUUGUUCUUGCUGGGCGUCGGGCGGACGCUUAGCAACGCAGGCUGUCCCGGAAGCGGUGCUGGCGGAGCAGGGCGGGACUUCCGGGGCCGGAGCCGUGGGUUGCAUCAGCUUGGAAGGCUCGGGGGUUGAGGAAUCGGACGAGAUCCGGACGUGGAGCCGCGAGCGGAGCGGGAGACGAGCCCGGGCCAUGGCGGGGAGCGAGCCAGCUCCCGGCCUCAACCAUAUUCUGAGCAUUAGUGAAGAGGAGGCCAGGCUGGAGGCUCUGAAUGAGCACCUCAGCACCCGUAGCUACCUGCAGGGCCACACCUUCUCCCAGGCCGACCUGGAGGUCCUCGGGCAGCUGACGGGCCCGCCCGGGGACCGGCACUUCCACGUGGCUCGGUGGUUCAGGCACAUACAGGCCCUGUCUGGCGGGAGCCGUGGCGUGCAGGAGCCCCCCCGACUCCAAGCAAGUAAGGGCCGACGCGCCCAGCCUCAGUGGUCACCUCCGGCAGGAACCGAGCCCUGUAAACUCCGCCUCUACAACAGCCUGACCCGCACCAAGGACGAGUUUGUGCCCCAGCAAGGAAGGAGAGUGACCUGGUACUGCUGCGGCCCCACCGUUUAUGAUGCCUCCCACAUGGGCCAUGCCCGGUCAUACAUCUCCUUCGACAUCCUGAGGCGCGUGCUGCGGGAUUACUUUAAAUACGACGUCUUCUACUGCAUGAACAUCACGGAUAUCGAUGACAAGAUCAUCAAGAGAGCUCGGCAGAACCAUCUCUUCGAGCAGUACCGGGAAAAGAAGCCGCGGGCCACCCAGCUCCUCGAGGACGUGGCGGCGGCCCUGGAGCCCUUCUCUCUCAAGUUGAGUGCGACCACCGACCCCGACAAAAAGCAGAUGCUGGAACGCAUUCGGGACGCCGUGCAGCUGGCGGUGGAGCCGCUGGCGCGCACGGUGCAAAGCCACGCCCCGGGAGACGAGAUCAACGCCUGUGCCGAGCUCCUGUUGGACAAGGCCAAGGACCUGCUCUCCGACUGGCUCGACGCCCGCCUGGGCUCCCAGGUGACCGACAACUCCAUCUUCUCCAAGCUGCCCCAGUUCUGGGAAGCCGAGUUCCACAGGGACAUGGAGGCCUUGAAUGUGCUGCCCCCAGACGUCCUAACGCGGGUCAGCGAGUACGUGCCCGAGAUCGUGCACUUUGUUCAGAAGAUUGUGGACAACGGCUACGGGUACGUGUCCAACGGCUCCGUCUAUUUUGAUACGGUGAAGUUUGACUCGAGCGAGAGACACUCCUACGCCAAGCUGGUGCCGGAAGCCGUCGGGGAUCAGAAGGCCCUGCAGGAGGGAGAAGGAGACCUGAGCAUAUCCGCGGAGCGCUUAAGCGAGAAGCGCUCGCCCAAUGACUUUGCCCUCUGGAAGGCCUCCAAGCCCGGGGAGCCGUCCUGGGAGUGUCCCUGGGGGAAGGGCCGUCCGGGCUGGCACAUCGAGUGUUCCGCCAUGGCCGGGACCGUCCUGGGGCCUUCAAUGGACAUCCACGGGGGAGGGUUCGACCUCAGGUUCCCACACCACGACAACGAGUUGGCUCAGUCAGAGGCCUACUUUGACAACGACUGCUGGGUCCGCUACUUCCUUCACACGGGUCACCUGACCAUCGCGGGCUGUAAAAUGUCCAAGUCCCUGAAGAACUUCAUCACCAUCAAGGACGCCCUGAAGCAGCAUUCAGCACGGCAGCUGCGCCUGGCCUUCCUGAUGCACUCCUGGAAGGACACGCUCGAUUACUCCAGCAACACCAUGGAGUCGGCCAUCCAGUACGAGCGGUUCAUGAACGAGUUUUUCUUGAAUGUGAAGGACAUCCUGCGUGCCCCCACCGAUGCUGCCGGCCAGUUUGAGAAGUGGGAAGGGCCGGAGCUCGAGCUGAACAGAAUGUUUUACAACAAGAGGGCGGCGGUUCACGAAGCCCUCUGCGACAAUGUGGACACGCGCACGGUCCUGGAGGAGAUGCGCUCCCUGGUGGGCCAGAGCAAUCUCUACAUCGCGGCUCGGAAGUCCGCCCGCAAGCUGCCCAACCACGGCCUGCUGGCCAGCAUCAGCGCCUACCUCACCCACAUGCUGAAGGUCUUCGGCGUCAUCGAGAGCGAGGAGACGCUCGGCUUUCCAGUCGGGGGGAGUGGAUCCAGCAUGAACCUUGAGGCGACCGUGAUGCCCUACCUGCAGGUGCUCUCGGACUUCAGAGAGGGAGUGCGCAAGAUUGCCCGCGAGAAGAAAGUCUCCGAGGUGCUGCAGCUCAGCGACGCCCUCCGUGAUGAUGUCCUUCCCGAGCUCGGGGUGCGCCUGGAAGACCACGAAGGCCUCCCGACCGUGGUCAAGCUGGUGGACAGAGACACCCUCCUAAAGGAGAGAGAAGAGAAGAAAAAGGCUGAAGAAGAGAAGAGGAGGAAGAAAGAAGAAGCUGCUCGCAAGAAGCAGGAGCAGGAAGUGGCCAAACUCACCAAGAUGAAGAUUCCUCCCAGCAAGAUGUUUCUGUCGGAAAGUGAUAAAUACUCCAAGUUCGAUGAGAAUGGAUUUCCCACCCAUGACGUCGAAGGCAAAGAACUCAGCAAAGGACAGACGAAGAAGCUGAAGAAACUUUUUGAAAGUCAGGAAAAACUAUAUAAAGAGUAUCUGCAGCUGGUCCAGAACGGCAGCUUCAAAUUGGAAGAGAAGGCCGAUGGCUUUUCCUGAAGUAAUCCGAGGUGAAGGAGCCGUUCCUCUGGGCCUGCUAACACCAUCCAGACGACUUCCUGAAGCUUUUGUUGUGUUGAACGUUUCUCUGGUGGCCCAGACUGGAGGCGCAGAUGGUGCGGAUAGCCAGCGGGCAUUGUCCACCACAGAAUUCUGGAAAUUUGAUGGCCCCAAGGACCCUGAAGCUGAGCCAGCUCUCCUCUCCCACGUCGCCUGGGCGGCGCUCCCAGACCAUGAUGCUCGGUCAGCAGCUCCCAGACGAGGGGCCCCUCGGUGUGCCGGCUUCAGCCGACUGAGAAAACUGUCUCCCAUGCUGAUUGUUAUCCGGCUAAUCUGGCUGUGGUCUGAGGUCAUCGACCUGAGAGAUGUUAGGAUGGGAAUAAAACGGCCAACAAUUGUAUAGCAGGACCCACCGAGAGACCCUAAACAAAGGUUUGCCUUUUCAGGCAUAAUGAAUAAAUCCUUCAGCAGUUCCGUUGUGUUUCCAGUUGACGAUUACACUUCAGAGCGGGCAGCGAGGGAAAUGAUAGCUCAGCACGGUGGGGGUGGGGGCGUCCGUGCCCAGGCCGCCGGUCAAAAGCCAGGAGGCCUUAAAGGCAAGGGCUGUGUUUAUUCGUCAGAAAUCCAACACGUCCCUUUGGGCGUGAGUCUGGGUCAUGAGGCUCAUUAGAAAGAAGGGGAGAUUUAGCCUAGGGAAGACUUGGGAACAGAAAAGCUGCAUCCAAGUAUUUAAAAGGCUGUCCUGUGGAAGGGGACUUUUUUGGUUGGUCCCUAGAAGGCAGAAGCAAGUCCUCAAAGAUUCUCUGGAUCCUGCCGCUUCCCUUUUCUCCUUUGGUGCUUUGAAAGGGUCAUUCUCACCAUUGCUCCUCCGUCCCCAGUAGGUGCCAGGCUUCUGGUGAUGAGCCUCUACUGUCCCAUACUCUGUGAUAGCAAAGUCCCGGGAGCCCCGAGAGCAGAAGUCAGCCAUUUAGUAAGUGGCUGAGUCAGGGUUCUACUCCAAGUUCCGUGAGAACUCCGGAUCCUGUGCUUUUCUCUCACAAUUAGGCCGGCCCUCCAACUACAACCGGCUAGGUCCUUUGUGUGCAGGCCCGUGCUCAGGAUCCUGACUUUCUGACUUCCUAAUAUCUAAAUCCUGUGCUUUUCUCCCCUGGUUAGGCCGGCCCUCCAACUACAACCACAGGCCCCUUGUGUGCAGGCCUGUACUUGGGCUUCCUGACUUCCUGACAUCUUAGAAUUUGCAUUCACUGUUAUAAUGACUCCUCUUCACAGGAGUUCAAAUCGCCACGUGUCAGGAGAGGCGAUGAUUAACUGGAGGAGAUUCAGAGGGAGCAGUCAGAAUGGAGAAAGAUCCUGUGUCUAUAUCAUAUGAGGAUCAUUAGAAAGAACAGAGAAGACCUGGGGACAUAAUAGCUGUGUCCAAGUAUUUGAAAGGCUGGCCCAUGGAAGCGGAUCAGAGUUUUCCUGUUGGUCCCAAGCAGGCAGAAACAAGAACAAUGCAGAUAUGAUGUACUUUUAAACUUGAUAGGAGAAAAUUCCCUGACAAUUAGCGCUUUUUAGUUGCUUUAAGAGAUGGCUGCUCAGACUCUCUGGAGGUUUUAAGACAAAAAUUGAUGCCCACUUGUCAGGGAUGUUUAUAGAGGGGACCCCACAAUCGGUUAACAAGUCUGAACUGCUUCCCCAUUUACUAGCACUGGGUUCUUCUUGUCCUCAAGGAGCUUUAAGUUCUGUGGGGGAGACAAUGUGUAGACAUUUGUAUAAAAUAUAUGUAGGAUAUCUCAGACGAUACAAAAUGACAGAGGUGAGAA